UGCUAGAACUGCUGCCGCUGCCAGAGCCGGGCACCGCUCUGCUGCAGCGAACAUGGACCCGCGGAGCGGCCCCGGGCGCGGAUGCAGUUGUGCAGAGGCAGAGCCCGCGGCACGUCCGUAGCCGCGCAUUAUGUAACGCGCGAGUGCGGCGGAGCGUACGAGCCGGGAAAGAGCCACGAACCCCUCGCCAACACCCAGCUCCUUCUGCGCCGCGGCGGGGCGGGGGCUCCGGGGGCUGCGGGCCCGGCCGCCCCCCGGGCGGGAGCCGGAGCGGAGCCGGAGCGGAGCCGCCCGCCGGCCGCGCCGCCGCCCCGCCCGCGGUACCCCCGCCGUUGGCGUGGAAACGGGCCGGCGGCUCCGGCUCCUCCUCCAGCGCCAGCCCCGCGCUCCCCCUGCCCGGCUCCCCGGCGAGAGCGCGGAGCACCUCCCUGUCUCCCGCGGGGGGCCGCCGGACAAGUGCUCCCGCGGCCGCCUUUAGAACAGCCUGGGCUUUUACGGUUGUGUUUUCUAGGGAGAAGAUGGGAAAGGGCAGGUUCCUGCUUCUGCUGGGGCUGCGGGGCUAGUCCCUGCAGUCGCGGUGUGUCUGCUCGGCAAAUCACAGAUGCUGAUGUGAAAAAGGGCCAAAGCAGGGGAGAGGCGUCAGUGGAUGCGAGCGUUUGUACUGAUGGAUUGAGGAGGUGGAGGCUGCCUGCCUGGUGCUGGAGAGGUGGAAAGCACAGAUUUACAGAGCUGAACUGGAUCAGCUGAAGAAGUGGGGGAAGAGAAACCAAACAAGUACAGUAGCAGUGAAAAGAGCUUCAGCUUUAUCUUGCAGCAUCACCACAGCAACCAGAGAACACGAUCACAAGAAAAGGCUAGAGCGGAGAAGGCAAAAGUGCGGCUUCUUACCUUUGGACAGAAGGCAGCAAAAUCAUUAUGCAGAACAGAAAUGGGUAUUUGAUGGUUCUAGACAAACUGUGGCAAAGGGAAGUGUCCCGUCAUUAACAGGAAUGUGCCACAGUUCACGCACCGGAAAGGGGAGUGCCAUGAGAUCUGCUGAAGAGACUAUUUCUGUGGCUGCAUACCUACAUGGGUUUGCACCCUUGCUGGGACUCAAUUAGGUGGCUGUAGGCAUUGGGGAUCAUCAGGUAUUGGAUAGUGACCUUUAUUCCAUUCGGGGUGUACCUGGCACGAGAACUGAAAGACAGUGCAGAUCUUGAGAGACGCCAACAGAGUGAGCCAGUCUGCACCCUUUCCCUUCUGUACCUGCCUGCUGUACCAUGGGAUGUCGGCAAAGCUCGGAGGAGAAAGAGGCAGCGCGGCGGUCCCGUAGGAUUGACCGCCACCUGCGCUCUGAAAGUCAGCGACAACGAAGAGAGAUAAAACUCCUCCUCCUGGGCACCAGCAAUUCUGGGAAGAGUACUAUUGUAAAGCAGAUGAAAAUCAUUCACAGCGGUGGCUUUAACUUGGAGGCCUGUAAGGAAUACAAACCUCUGAUUAUCUAUAAUGCAAUUGACUCUCUCACACGUAUCAUUCGAGCUCUGGCCACCCUCAAGAUAGAAUUUCACAAUCCUGACAGAGCAUACGAUGCAGUGCAGCUUUUUGCCCUGACAGGCCCAGCUGAGAGCAAAGGGGAGAUCACCCCUGAGCUGCUGGGGGUGAUGAAGAGGCUGUGGGCAGACCCUGGCGUGCAGGAGUGUUUUUGCCGCUCCAACGAGUACCACCUGGAGGAUAACGCUGCCUACUACCUGAACGACCUGGAACGGAUCGCAGCCCUGGACUACAUCCCCACGGUGGAAGAUAUUCUACGGUCUCGGGACAUGACCACAGGGAUUGUGGAAAAUAAGUUCACCUUCAAAGAGCUGACUUUCAAAAUGGUGGAUGUGGGUGGACAGAGAUCUGAACGCAAAAAGUGGAUCCACUGUUUCGAGGGGGUUACAGCAAUAAUUUUCUGUGUGGAGCUGAGUGGGUAUGACUUGAAGCUGUAUGAAGACAACCAAACAAGUCGAAUGGCAGAAAGUUUGCGUCUGUUUGAUUCCAUCUGCAACAACAACUGGUUUAUCAACACUUCCCUCAUCCUUUUUUUGAAUAAGAAAGAUCUGCUGGCAGAAAAAAUCCGACGCAUCCCCUUAACAGUCUGCUUUCCUGAAUACAAAGGCCAAAACACUUACGAGGAGGCAGCAGUCUACAUCCAGCGCCAGUUUGAGGACUUGAAUCGCAACAAGGAGACCAAGGAGAUCUACUCACACUUCACCUGUGCCACUGACACCAGUAACAUACAAUUUGUGUUUGAUGCAGUGACAGAUGUCAUCAUUCAGAACAAUCUCAAAUACAUUGGCCUCUGCUAAGAAUCUUUGGGUUUAAUCUGUUUUUCUGGAGUGAUAAAAAAGGGGCUAACUGCUUCCACUUCAAUGGAAAAAAAUUGGGCAAUGCUUAAUAGCCCAUGGAGAGAAAAGGGGAAAAUCUGAUAUAUGAACACAGUUCCUCUUAUGCCCCUUAACCUACUACGUAAUUUUCCCCAAAUAUAUGUUCUGGAGAGUGAGAACCUCCUCUCCAAGAAAACCAAACAUCCCCAGUGAAAAAAAACCUCAACCAAAAACUCGAAAACCCCAAACAAAAACAAAAAAAGAGAUUGAGGCCAAACUCUGUGGAGAUAUUUCACCACAGUCACUGCACUUUUAUUCCAUUUGUUUCAUUCCAUUUCCUACAGUGGGAGUGUUAUCAUGUUCUGUGUAUGAAAUGACUCUUCAUCCAGUUGUCCUAAAAUCUUAUUGACAUAAAAAUAUAAAUCUGGUGAGUGACAGAUGAACUUGUUUGCAGGGUGGGGAGCAGAAUGCUUGUGUUGGGGAUAAAAGCUAGUUCCAACCAGAAGCUACUGAAUGAGAGAGUUUAAGCAAAAUACUACUUAAAUCUGUAGAGAGUGGGCAUGCACCCACAAUACUGGUAUCCACAGUCAAGAGUAUGUACACAUCCAUCAUGUAUGCACAUGCACAUGACUCUCAGCAUAUACUAUGUACACACCUCUGCUUUACUUUACUGUUUCUUAUGGACACCUUGCCUAUUAAAGGAAUUGUUGGUGCGCAACUGUUUUGUGAGUUCCUAACUGACUAGCAGCUCCUUCUGCUCUUUCUGGCUUCAAAUAUGCAGCAAAACUACAUGAAAUGAAUCUUUGAAUAGGCCAAAUUAAGGUCGGUGUUUCUUCUACUGUUAAGGAGUUUUAUACAUCAAAACAGUCUUCUUUUACAUCUUUUUUUGCCAAAUCUUGUGGUGUUUCAUGAAAAACCAAAUUAUAUUUAAGAAGUAGGUUAGUGUUCCUUUUUUAACACAGAUUUAAAAAAUAAAUCACAAAGCAAUUUUUUAAAUUAUUGUUGUAGUGUCUGGAUUGCUGAAUGUGAAAGUUGCCAACGGACAAUUCUGUUCCACUGCUCCAAAUACCUUCUGGGUAUUGUAAUAUUAUAACAGAUUUCCCAAGAAGCAGGAGCCAUGGAGAUUGUGUAGUGUAUAACCUCAAAAGUCUUUUUUUGUUGGUUUUUUAAAUUAUUUUUAAAAUGUGAUGUGUUAUUAGAAGGUUAAAGAUGAGCGAUAUGAACAACAACUAAAUGUCUUGUUAUUUCAAUUUAAUAAUUUAAAUUAUUUACAGUUUAGUGAAGUUAAGGAAACUGAAGAGAUGCAAUCCUCCGCUCCAGGUUUCAUCUCGUAAAGAAACACUACUGGAUGGAGUAACCUCCCUGCAAAAGUUUGAAUGCAUAAGAAGCUCUGUGGGACUACACUGGAAAAUCUCAUAUGGAUUAUAUAGACCUAAGUCUUUGGUCAGUUGGUUCUUUCCCUUGCCAUACAAAAGACUUCUUAAAGACAUCAGUGUAAAGUUGGUGUGUAAAUAAAUGUUUGAUAACUGUAAAGCACAUACGUACACAGAGACACAGACACACAUGCACACUGGAAAAUCACCUUCUACUUUUGUUCCCCUUAUGUACUAUGAUUAGUGCAAGAAAUCUCAGCCAAGGGCUCUAAGAAAAUUAAAACAAAAUGGUUAAUAACAUCAACAUUUAAAUUGUCCACUUCAAAAAUAAAUAAUUCAAAUGAUACUGAA